AAGCUCUGAUAAGGAAACACUUGACGAGUUUGUAUUCAGCCUUCACCUGAAACAAAUCACCUCUCAUCCAGUCGACAUCACCUCUUUUAAAACCAGCAACAUCAACCCAACAUCCCAAGCUAUAACCAUGCACUGGCUUCUCCAGGCCACUGGGGCUCUCCUGAACAUUUUAUGGAUUGGCCUUUUUUUAACACCACAACCGUUCUCAGAGUUUGAGCAGACAGAAAGCACCGAUGAGGAGGAGAUGUUUUGUUUUCCUCCUCCACCAGUCGAAAUCCCCUCAAAUAAAACCAACAACACCAAAACAACAUUUCCAGCUCACCCUGCUACUGCACCAGGAAGUGAACCUACCAUAAUGGACUCAGAUAACCUGGGACUGACAGGUAGUUAUCCUGAGGUGGAGCAGACGACUCGAGGUAGUUAUCCUGAGGUGGAGCAGACGACUCGAGGUAGUUAUCCUGAGCUGGAGCAGACGACUCGAGGUAGUUAUCCUGAGCUGGAGCUGACAACUCGAGGUAGUUAUCCUGAGGUGGAGCAGACGACUCGAGGUAGUUAUCCUGAGCUGGAGCAGACGACUCGAGGUAGUUAUCCUGAGGUGGAGCCAACUCCAGUUAGCUGCUGCUUUGAAAUCUUCAGUGGACGAGUACCUCUAAAAGACAUAAAGGGAUACAGAAAGUCACCCCCCACGUGUCCUGUUGAAGCCAUUGUAAUAUUCACAACUACCACCCUCUGUGUUGAUCCAGAUGCUGCAUGGGUGAAGAGACUUUUGAUAACCCUCGAUGAAAAUGGAAAAGGAGUGAAUCCUGAUGAUUCUCAUUCUACUCCUGCACCAGGAAGUGAAUCUGCAACAAUGGACUGGGUUGAACUGGGAUUGACGACCCAAGGUAAUCCUCCUGAACUGGAGCCAAUAACUUCAAGAAGUCCCCCUAAACUGGUACUGACCGCUCCACGUUGCCCUCAGAAACUGAAAUCGAUGGGUCCUGACGACUGCUGCUACUGGUUCUACCCGAGAAGACUGAACAAAAAUCUCAUCAGCUCAUAUGUCAUGAAUGAUUUCCGAUGCCCAAAGGCUGCAGUCAUUCUGAUUACAACAAAGGGUCGUCGUAUCUGUGUGGAUCCGAAUGUCUCCUGGGUUAAGAGCAUCAUGAAAAGUGUGGAUCAGGGCUGCCUCUGACCAAAUUGGGGCCCUAAGCGAAAUUUUAUUCGGAGGUCCCCAUCCCGAAUGUAUCAUAGGUACAAAAUGACCGUACAACAACUUGCCAUUUAACUUGACAACCUUUACUGGCAAUAACAAAUGUACUGUCGAUACAGUAGUUUGGCUGUAUGAGUCAAAUAAAAUUAAAAAAAUCAAACUGAAAUAAAUAAAUAAACAAAUCUGAGUCACAAAUAGCCAUCAAUUACUCAUCAAAAGAAAGUAACUUCCACCACCUCAAUCCCCCACCCUUGAUUAAACACUGAAAAUAAAAUAAAAGAGGGAGACAGGUUUUUCCUAUUUAAUCUUAUUUUGUUAUAUGUCUCCCUCUCCCCUCUCUGGAGGCGUCCGAUCUCCCUCAGCCCUCCGCCUCUCCCACCUUAAUUAAACACUGAAAACAAAUAAAAUACAGAGACAUUCUUUUCUAUUUUCAUCUUAUUUAGCUAUAUUUCUCCCUCUCCCCUCUCUGGGAGCAUCCGACCUCCCGGCCCGCACUUACCCCCGAGGCUCGGGUCUCCCCCUCCGUGGAGCCCGCCCGCCCUCCCGUCCCCGCACA